AAUUCCACUUCCCCUAUAUACCCACCUCUCAUUGCAAUUCAUUAUACCCUCUAAAACAAAACAAAACAAAAACUUCAACUACUCAUCUUCCAAACUUCUCAUCCUUAUUAUCAUGUCGAGCUACUCCGACUCCGACGAUGAUUCGGUACCUCGUUCGAAGCUCUUCGGUCGCCGCCGCCCCGUUUAUGAUAUUUUUGGAGGAGGAAGAGUUGCAGACAUACUGUUAUGGAAAGACAAGAAGAAGUCGGCAGGAUUACUUUUGGGAAUGACAGUGCUAUGGUUUUUGUUUGAGAUUGUUGAAUACAACUUUGUCACUCUUAUUUGUCAUCUCUCUAUUACCUCCAUGCUCAUCUUCUUCAUUUGGUGCACCGGUGCUGAAUUUUUCAAAUGGAAUCCUCCACGGCUUCCAGAAGCAAUAUUGAAAGAAUCAACAUUCAAAGACGUUGCUUCCACUUUGCACAGAAGAAUCAACCAAUUCUUCACCAAGAUUUUCGAUAUCGCUUAUGGAAAAGAUCUCCCACUCUUCUUUCUGGCCAUUGUUUCACUCUAUCUUUUAUCAGUGAUUGGAUCAUACGUUAGCUUUCUCAAUCUCCUUUAUUUCGGAUUUGUGGCAUUGGAAACUUUGCCAUUUCUAUAUGAGAAAUAUGAAGAGGAGGUUGAUCAACUUGCUGGGAUGGCCAUUUAUCAAACCAAGAAAUCUUACAGAAAUUUCGAUGCCAAAUUCCUCAACAAGAUCCCAAGAGGACCUGUCAAAGACAAGAAACUCAGAUGAUUAUUUCAAUAUACACUCUUUGUAAUUAAUCAAUUAUAUAUAAAUCAUAUUAUAACUUAAUAUGCCAUCUCAUGUAAUAAAUUAAAAUUCUCCAUCUCUAAAUACAUAUAUAUUUAAAGUGAGUUUAAUCAUCCUUAAA